AUCGAAGCACUUAUGAUGGAGAUGCAGAAUCCAGACAAAGGCAUCAAGACGCAGACGCAGAAGGUGAUGGUCACAGACAUCCCACACGCUGUGACAGGUAAUGAUAUAUGCCAAUGGAUUCUUCAGCGCUUGCAGAUCACUGGGGAAGAGGCGCUCCACCUAGGGGACAUGUUUGUCAAAUAUGGAUACAUCUACCCUCUUCAGGAGCCAAAGAAUCUCACCCUCAGGGCAGAUGGCAGCCUGUACAGGUUUCAAACCCCCUAUUUCUGGCCGGCGCAGAGCUGGCCUGCCGAUGACACAGACUAUGCAAUUUACCUAGCAAAGAAGAACAUUAAGAGGAAAGGGAUUUUAGAAGAAUAUGAAAAGGAACAUUACAACAUGCUCAAUCAAAAAAUAAACUACAAAUGGGAUUUUGUUAUUAUGCAGGCCAAAGAGCAGUAUAAGGCAGGGAAGGAGCGGAAGAAGGCGGACAGGUACGCCCUGGACUGCCAGGAGAGAGCCUACUGGCUUGUGAACCGAACUCCUCCGGGCAUGCUAGACGCUCUAGAGUAUGGAUUAGACCGCGCAACAGAUCCUAAUGAAAAUAAGAAGAAAACUAUGGAUAUUUAUAGGAGAGAGAUCAUGUACUAUCAGCUGGCCAUCAUGAAGUCCAGAGUGAAAUCUUCUGUCUCUCUCGGAGGGCUUGUGAAAUACUCUGAGCAGUUCCUCUCCAGUGAUCCUAUCCUGUCCGGAUGUCUCCCCAGCAACCCCUGGGUAACAGAUGACCCUGAGUUCUGGGAUCUCAAUGCAAAACUAGUGGAAAUCCCCACCCGAAUGCGCGUGGAGCGAUGGGCCUUCAAUUUCAGCGAGCUCAUACGGGACCCCAAGGGUCGGCAGAACUUCCAGCUCUUCCUGAAGAAGGAGUUCAGCGGAGAGAAUCUGAGUUUCUGGGAAGCCUGUGAGGAUCUCAAGUAUGGAGACCAAUCUAAGGUCAAAGAAAAAGCAGAAGAAAUUUACAAGCUCUUCCUGGCUCCAGGAGCAAGGCGCUGGAUCAACAUUGAUGGCACCACGAUGGGCAUCACCGUCAAAGGCCUCAAGCACCCUCAUCGCUAUGUUUUAGAUGCUGCUCAGACCCACAUUUACAUGCUGAUGAAAAAGGACUCCUAUGGCCGUUAUUUAAAGUCUCCAGUAUACAAGGAAAUGCUGGCCAAGGCUAUUGUGCCGCAAGAGACUGUCAAAAAAAGCUCCACUUUCACGUUCGGACGCCGCCACCUCCGCUCCAGCCCCAGCCCGAUCCUCCUGAGGCAGCAGGAGGAAGAGGCCAAAGCCAGAGAAGCCGCCACGACCGUGGACAUCACGCAGGUCAUGAGCAAGCUGGAUCGCAGGAGCCAGCUCAAGCAGGAACCUCCUGCCAAGUAG